AUGACAAGCGGCAAGAAACUCCAAGUGGUCGCAUUAGACGACUGGGUGCCGCCGCCGACAUUCGCCUUCGAUCACGAGUUUGUGCAACACAAGUUCACCCCUCCGGACAAAGUGCUCGAGAGGAUUCAAGAUGCAACUGUCGUCAUCAUCUCGGGCACUCUGAUAGCGCCUUCAGACAUCGAAAAAGCCUCGCGUCUACAGCUCAUCUCUGCCAAUGGCACGGGGACGGAUCACGUUCCGAAGGAUGCAAUUCGACAAAAGGGCAUUUCGUUGUGUCGUGUACCCGCUCAGAAUACCGAGAGCGUGAGCGAGCAUGCUCUCGCCAUGUACUAUGGUCUUCGGCGGCGGCUGGUGGACUUGCACUACCUGGCCAUGGACGGCGAGUCCUGGAAAGCAAGCAAGGGCAAUCUGGUUCCAUCGCAUUACAACCACGCCGGUCCACGGAUAAACGCCGAGGAGACGGUGGUCAUUAUCGGAUACGGAGCAAUAGGCAAGAACUUCGAAAAGAUGGCACGAGCACUGGGCAUGCGCGUCCUAAUCGCCGAGCGGAAAGGCAGCAAGGAAAUACGACAAGGCCGAACGUCAUUCGAAGACGCUAUCAAAACCGGGACAGUCUUCAUGCUCGCGACACCUCUGGACGCAACGACCAAGGACGUGCUGAGCGAGGCCGAGUUCGAAGCCAUGCAACCGUCGGCGUUUGUCAUCAACGUUGGCAGAGGAGGGACGAUCAACGAACCCGCACUGAUCAAAGCGUUGAAAGGCGGCCAGAUCGCUGGAGCAGCGACUGAUGUCUUCGAGAAGGAGCCCGCGACCAAAGAGAACUGUCCACUGCUGGACCCUGCGAUUCCAAAUCUGUUGCUCUCCCCUCAUGCGGCCUGGUAUUCUGAUUGCACACUCAAGAACACCGCUGCCAUCGUCAAGGCGAAUAUUGAGGGCUUCGUCGCUGGGAAGCCGCAGAACCUCGUCAUAACCGAAGGGCGGGACGUCUGA